AUGAGUGAGCGUAUAUUCCCCGUCCCGCCGCCCAUACGAGAAGCAUUGUUCUAUCUUUUUGCUCCACAGCAGUACAGAAACUCUGGAGAACGAGCCCGGCAGCUGGCCGAUUCGAAGAAUAAAGAUUGCCUGGUGCGCAUCUAUCUUGGCAGAAGACAGAAAAGGCAGGCUUCACCCAACUUCAAGCUGCGAAAUUUCGAAAUGACUGUCAACGAAAUCGAGGACUUGAACCUAGAUGCAGGCAAAUUUGCCCAAAGUAUGGCACAAACAUUGUCAAUCUUGCACUGGGGUGCUCAGCUCGAUGCUAACGAUGUCGAGUUCGUUUUGGGAAGCGCGCCACUUGUGAAAGUCGCUCCCACAGCGGCAGACUUCAAGAAGCGAGGUCCUGAGGAUGCGAAGCAUAUUGGUCAGAAUUUCAACUUCCAGGCACGUGCUGUGGGACUCUGGCUCCUCGAUUUCAAUGAAUGCAAAACAUACCCUGACAGCGCAGAAGGACUGGCCCAGCUUGUGAAAGGCUUCUUUUGGAAUGAUCCGUAUUACCCAAGGCCGUACAGUGGCAAUGCCAAGGACGAGCAGCUGUGGCAAACUUUCAAGCAGAUGUAUUUGGAGACGACUGAGGAGCUAUACAAGGCUCAGCUUGCUAAGGCUGCAAGUUUCAUCAAGGAGGUUGAGAAGGAAGGCAAGAAGCGGUCCAAAAGCGGUUCCCUAUUUGGAUGA